AGAUAAAAUUCCAGGAGACCUGAGACCAUACCAUGGAAGAGGAGCUGCCCGCCCUGUUGGACAACCUAUGGAACGAGACCAUCCAGAGCGAGAACUUCCAGCACGGGCAUGCGAUGACCUCCACGUUGUGCAUCCUGUUCGGCGCCGUCUUCCUCCUCGGAUUCGUGGGGAAUCUCUUGGUGAUGAUGGUGAUCGUCAGGAAACGGCACAUACAUAAUACGCCUUACAUCUUCAUUUUCAACCUGGCUCUAGCGGAUUUCCUCGUCAUCGUGUUUUGCGUCCCUGGGAAUCUCCUCAGCAACAUCCUUAAUACAUGGGUACUCGGUCUGUUCAUGUGCAAGGCACUUAACUACAUGCAGCUGGUGUGCAUGAACGUAACCGUCUACACGCUCCUGGCGAUGUCGGUGGAGCGAUACAUCGUGAUGCGCAGGAAUAGCUCCUUCCAGCGGAUCGUGAAUAUGUGCGGAAAGAUUAUCCUGGCAUGCAUCUGGGUCUUUUCCCUCGCCGUGAGCAUUCCGUCUGCCCUCUACGCCAUUCAUUAUGAGAACCAGGCACUUAACUACAUGCAGCUGGUGUGCAUGAACGUAACCGUCUACACGCUCCUGGCGAUGUCGGUGGAGCGAUACAUCGUGAUGCGCAGGAAUAGCUCCUUCCAGCGGAUCGUGAAUAUGUGCGGAAAGAUUAUCCUGGCAUGCAUCUGGGUCUUUUCCCUCGCCGUGAGCAUUCCGUCUGCCCUCUACGCCAUUCAUUAUGAGAACCAGUUCUGCAUAGAGAAUUGGCCGUCAGAGAAAAUACGGAAGAUCUACUUUAUUUUCGCCCACCUCAUCAUGAGCUAUACCUUCCCUAUGGGUAUGAUGACCAUUUGCCAUUUCUGGAUCUGGCUGAACUUCCAUCGGCAGGUCGUGGGCAAGCGUAUCGACCCGAACGAACUAAUCCGCCUAAAUAACUGGCGAGAGUGGGAGAAGAUGAUCCUGGUGUUGGUCUCCGUCUUUUUCCUCUGCUGGCUUCCCUCAUUCAUCGUAAUUAUCCUAAUGAACUUUUCCUCCCAUUUCUCCCAUGGCGAGAUCUACAUGUUCAGCUACGUCCUACUGGUGACCCAAUGGCUGGCUAACCUCACCAAUUGCGUCUACCCCAUCAUUUACGUCUUUUUCAAGCGAAACUUCCGCGAAGGUUGCAAUCAGCCUCAGGACGAGCUUCUUACCGCUGAAAUCGAACUGCGACAAAUGCUCCCUCCUCCCACUCAACUCCCACCGUCGGCUCCGUUCCACAAAGGGGACCCAUCAUAACACCAGCAUCCGCAACAGAUCCCUGAAUUAGAAGCUAUUGCCUCUCCCUCUGGAGCCACUGACUCACUUUCAGCAGCCAAGUGCGACUGCUCUCCCGAUAAGAUCUGGUGCCGGAACGAGUUCUCCUGUUUCCUCCAGGAACAGGCGUCGUCGUUUGUGAGUGAACAAAUUGGCUUCGAGGCAGGGAAGGUACAGCGACUGUAUCGCGAACAAGCAUCCCUGACAUCGGAUUCUAUGAACAAAACUGACAUUUGCAAAGAAGAUUGCUCAAACCUGGGCCUGUUCCUCGCCUCUGCUGAACCUAAUAAUCUAAAGAUAAAUCUUAACUUGACCUGAAAGGAAUUCAAAACGCAACCAUAGGGGU